AGCUGUGUUACAUUUGGACGUACAACGUUGGUUUAACGAUCUUCAUUUACAAAGGAGGCGUUACAGGAAAGCGACGGCGAAAGAAGAGCGAUUGGAAUCCCUAGACUGGACACACCCCAUAGGGAAACAGGAUCAAAGAAUUGUCUGAUAUUCAUGAAAUAAGGAGUCAGCAAACCCUUAUACUAUGUUACCAUGGCAUCCAAUACAUCAUAUCCCGAGUCAACCCAUCAAACAAAAUUAGAUACCCGGAUGUACUUCUUCCUCUUGUUUGCGAUACUGCUGACCAUUAUUACUAUAACCAACAAUACAUUGGUUGUGCUUGCGUAUAAAGUCAAUCGUCGGCUGCGUAACCGGGCCAUCYUGAUACUUGUGAGCCUAGCCUUAUCUGAUUUACUCGUGGGGGGUAUWUCGAUGCCUCUAUGGAUGUUYAUGACAGUGUCAGGCCAUGACAUGCCRAUGGGUCUGUAUCUAUUCUACAUGAGUUUUGAUGUGUUCAGUGCUUUUGCAUCUAUUCUGCACCUUACUUGGGUUAGUAUCGAGAGGUUUUUUGCCAUUGCGUACCCGUUGAAGCAUCGKGGRUUUGGUGAUAAMGGCUACAAAGGAAUGCUCGUUUUAUUAUGGCUGGCAUCAGCUUYUGUUGCKGCCAUGUUUCCAUUUCAGUACCAUCACAACUGGCAUAAAGAAUAUGCACUCUUUGUUUUUAUUAGUGGAUUUAUUCUUCCUAUCAUCACUAUUACAGUCGUCUACGCCUCUAUCUACAARAUUGCAAACUCCUCCGUUUUUAGAGGUAUUCAUCUUAAAGGAACACGCAGUUUUCAAGCUGAGAAAAAACUCGCCAAAACAGUAGUAAGUUUGUGUUUCUUAUUUUUCAUCACGUGGUGUCCAUUCUUUGUCGUAUCGCUGCUUGGGACUUUUAAACCUUCAUUAAUCUCCAGUCCUUCACCGACUUUUAUUUGGUAUAUUACUGUGUUUGUUAAAGCCAUGCAUUACUCAAACAGUGCCAUGAACACAUUUGUGUAUGCAUUUAGUAGUCGAGAAAUGAGACGAACCUUCAAUUCUCUUCUUCGUUGUAAAAAGAACAUGGUGUUACCCAGGCCACCACGUCGUAAAAGACACCGAGCACAUGUCCAUGUAUUUCACCUUCACUCUGUUGAUUCACUUUGAACGAACUUCAUUCGCUGCUUCACUCGAUUUGUAAAUAUCACAAAUCACACUGUAAGCAUCAUUGCUACAUUUUCUUGUGAAGUGGAUGGACGGUGGAGACUCUGGGAGAUACCAAUCUUGACUAAUACUCUGCUGACCAAACAGAUUGACGAUGUAAGUGUGUGCAAGAGUUCAAGUCUCGUCUGCAGCAUGGAGGAGCUUGUGUGAAGGUUUAGAAAAUCAUKCGAGAGCGUCGAAUUUUGUUCAGUGAAUUAGUGCCAAAUGAAAACUGAACAAACUCAUUAAAUCAAAAAAUUAUUUUUAUCGAUAAAAGAAGUUUCAAUUUCAUUGAGAAAACAUCUUAAGUAAAAGUUUUUUUAUAGAAGUGUGUUAUUUAUAUUAUAUAUUAAUUAAAU